AUGCGAGCGAUGGCAGACCAGGCUGCGGCGGUGGCGGCGGCCACCUCUCCAACCCUGGCACCGUCCCCGGGCUCACCACGGCGUGGGGACACCGAUGGGCUAACGCCCCGUCCCACCGGCACCAGGGAGGACGACGGCGGCCGGGACGGCUGCGGGCUCAUUUUCGCCGUGGACGCGGACACAAAGCUUCCCCCCUCACCCCAGCCCGGGGGGAUGCUCCUGGCUGACCUCCCGCGGGGCUGGAUGAACCAGCUGCACGUCUACGACCCUGAGCUUUUCCACCCCUCGCUCACGCACUCGGUGCUCGCCACGCUGGAUGGGGCCACCCUCAAGCUCUCCUACCCCAAGAGCAACAUCCCACGCCGAGCCACCUUCGAGGAGGAAAUCCUCGACACCGUCUUCGUCAGCCACCGCUGCUAUGACCUGACUGAUGCCAAGGUCUUCCUCUGCCCCCCAAGCCUGGCCCGAAAGCGGACGUGGAACAAGAAAUACCCCAUAUGCGUCCUCCUCCCCGACCUGGCGGACAUGGAGUGCAGGAGCAGCGAGGAGCACAACGUAGAGCUGCAGAGGAAUGAAGGGACGAAGAAGGCGCCAGUGCCAGGCCAGGAUGUCCCAGGGGACUGCAGGGAGAGGUGCCUGUACCUCUUCGGGCGGACUGGGAGGGAGAAGGAGGAGUGGUACCAGCACCUCAUGCGAGCCUCCCGUGGGACACCCAGCAGCAGCCACGGCAAAGCCAGGGCAGGUGUGGGACCAGCUCCGCGGAGCAGCAGCAGCAGCAGUGGAGGGAGCGCCGAGGACAUCCCCUCCGCUGUCCCACCCAAGGACCUGGCGGGAAGCGUCCGACAGAAGAUUUUCCUGGAUUACGGCACCUACAUGGCCCGAUUCGUGCCAGCGCAGGUGGGGGGCAGCCCAGAUCGGAGCCCCUCUCACGGAGCACUGGGCAGCCCCACGCCCGUGAAGCUCGGUGAGGACACGGCCGGGCACAGCGAGGCAUGCAUGGCCUGGAUGAAUGCGCUGGUGGGGCGCAUCUUCUGGGACUUCCUCCGGGAGCGAUACUGGGCCGAGCAAGUGUCCAGCAAGAUCCAGAAGAAGUUGAGCAAGAUCAAGCUCCCGUAUUUCAUGAAUGAGCUGACGCUGACGGAGCUGGACAUGGGCACAUCCAUCCCCUCGGUCCUCAGCGCCUCCAACACCACCGUCAAUGACCGAGGGCUCUGGGUGGACGUGGAGGUCACCUACUGCGGCUCGUUGCAGAUGACGCUCGAGACGAAGAUGAACCUCUGCAAGCUGGGGAAGGAGAGCACUGCAGAGGAGAGCUGCCCGGCAGAGGCAGGCGGAGAGGGCGCCAGGCCACGGCUGAUCCUGCUGGCAGACAGCGAUGCGGAGUCAUCCAGCGCCGGCUCCUCCGACGAGGAAGAUGUCACCGCUGCAGAGCCCGCGGGAGCCCUGGGGGAGCGGGUCCCACCGCCUGGCGCCGAGGGCCACGUCAGCAGCAACAGCACGAGCCGGAAGAUCCUGCGCUUUGUGGAUAAGAUCGCCAAGUCCAAGUACUUCCAGAAGGCCACUGAAAACGAGUUCAUCAAAAAGAAGAUCGAGGAGGUUUCCAACACACCGCUGCUGCUGACGGUGGAGGUGCAGGAGCUGGCAGGCACCUUGGCCGUGAACAUCCCCCCACCACCAACGGACCGUGUCUGGUACAGCUUCCGAGUCCCGCCCCAGCUGGAGCUGAAGGUGCGCCCAAAGCUGGGUGAGCGGGAGGUGACGUUCCUCCAUGUCACCGAGUGGAUCGAGAAGAAGCUGCAGCACGAAUUUCAGAAAAUCUUGGUGAUGCCAAACAUGGACGAUCUCAUCAUUCCCAUCAUGCGCUCUGGCCUGGAUCCUCAGCCACCCACUGGGGGACUGCCCGGGGACCUACCAGCCAAGGGAGAGAAGAGGCUCUGA